AUGAAGGCCUUCAUCGUUCUUGCUAUCGCAGCUGCCACCGCGCAGGCUGGUCUCCUCGGAGGCCACGAGGCCGGAUCCUCCGUCUCCUCCCGCUCCGAAGACGGACUUGGAAACUACAAGUUCAGCUACAAGGAGCAGCACACCACCGGAGGAUCUUUCCGUUCGGAAGCUGGAACUAAGGGAGUUGUUGUCGGUGCCUACGGUCUGAACGACAUCGAUGGAAGACAGCGACACGUCGAGUAUGUGGCUGAUGGACUUGGUUUCCGCGCUGCCAUCAAGACCAACGAGCCUGGAACCGCUCCGGCCGCCGCUGCCGCCACCUCCAUCGUGACCCCCGGCCUCGCCCCUGUUGUGAAGACCAUCGCCGCCGCUCCCGUUGUUGCCCACGCCAGCUACGCCGCUCCGGUCGCUUACGGCCAUGGCUACGGACACGGAAACGGUUAUGGAUACGGCUACGGACACUACUAGACGUACUCCCCCCGAAAGCUUCCUGGAAAUCUGCUCAAUCACCAAAUAUUCCCGCAAUGACUCAUUGCUCCCCCUACCCAUUCGGACACCUGUCUCUGUUCAGCCCCUGUACAAUUUCUGUAGAAGAACCUCUUAUCUAAUUCCGGAGUCAGAUCGAUGGGUCAGUCGAUUCCUUUCGUACUGAAUAAGAAAAAACUUGUGUACAUUUU